AGGAAGACGUAGAUCAUUCAUGCGCUUAUAACCUCAAUUUUAACCUCAAUUUAUCGGGACUCCUUUGUUUGGAGUAGUGCAAGCCUGCGAAACCAAUUACCAAGGCCAAAUAACAAAUAUAGUUCCAAGAAACAAAGAAAAAUAAAUAAAAUGAAGACAGUAAUUUAACUAGGACGAAUUAUUAACCUAUUGAAGUGAAAAAAACGUGUUGUAAAAAUCAGAUUGAAAACAACAUAAGCUUCGUCCAAUGAGACCUUUGAGAGGCGGGUGAUUUGAGUUCAGUUUUAUUUAAACCGGUCGUCAAUCGACUGGAAUUCACCAUUCAUGUACAAGUUGAUUACUCAUUGCAAACUGAUUAGUGAUUUGAAAAAGAAAUAAGUUUCUUUUGAUUUUAUUGGUGUGUAUGUAAAAAUGCAACCAUAAGUUCAUCUGAAUCUAUAUUAAAUUAAAUUCCACUUCAAUUUUAUGGAAAUAAUUAUGUAUUCUAAAGUAGACGUUUUCACCAAGAUACUAUAUUUUUUACUUUACUGAAAAUGGAAACUUCUGCAUUCCUGGGACGUGGGUAUUAGUGAAAUGUACCCUUCAUAUGUUACGCAGGCUGCAUAUCGACUCAAAAUGUGUGCUUAGAGUAGCUCUUGAAGCAUUUGUAAAUAUAAGUGAUAAUAAAACUACGAAUGUACAAGUUGAUAAUCAAAAUUUAACAACACCUUCAACACUUUUCACAUCAAUUAAAUCAAGUUUUCAUAAAAGACAAAGGCGCAGAAGGAAAAGAAACUGCAAAUGCCGUGAACUACUUAAUAGAACACAGGUACUUAACAAAGAACUGCCUAAACUGUUACACAAAGAAAAUGUACCUGAAUCUGAAAUUGGACAGAUUGAGUUCCUUCAAAAACCAUUUUAUGUAUUUUUAACUUAAUUAUUAAAUAUUAGAUUUGUACUUGAAAUUAUUACACAAAUCCUAUAUGAUCUUCCAAGAACAGGACACUGUUAUCAACCAAAUAUUGAUAAAUAAUCAAAUACAUGACAAAAUCUGUAAAUUACCGCACCAUAACUUAUUUCAUUAGUCUUCCUACCAUUGAUAUAAUACUGGAGAAUUGAGUUCAUUUCAGUUUUCAUAUUUUCCCUCAUUCUUCAUCUACUCCAUUCAAUCUUAAUCUUUUGUAAGCUAUGUUGAUAUCUAAAGUUUAAAUUUGUAUGUUCGUUUCUUUGUUUUCAAUAACGUUUUUGAAGGGAUGUGUGAUAUCUAAUUUUUCAUUAUUUGUUGAGAUGAUAUCAUAUCCAGAAUUAAGAUUCAAUAAUACAAAUAUGAUCCACUUUUUAG